UUAUCUUCUGUUUUGUCUUCCUUGUAUUUUGAAGACAACGGCUGAACCAUCCUUUAAACCUAGUCUCGAUCGUCUAUCGCCCAACGCAGGAAACGAUUUACGAUCGUCCUCUGAUCUUAAAACGAGUUCGCAGCAGCAAGAGCCAUUGAUCGAAUUACUUCACUGGAUUUUGAGCAGCAACGGAUCUGGCUGCAAGAUUUACCAAACCAAACAUCAUUUCUCACCAGAUCUUCAAGCCAUUCAUUGUUAAUGGCAGAGGCACUGAUUUUACGAGUUAAUGAUCUGUUGAUUUGGAGUUAGUCUACUAUGUCCAAGUAUUGAUUUUAUCUGCGGCCGAAUCAGCACUUCCUUGGCGAUGAAGUUUCCAUGUCUUAGAUAAGAGGGCUGGUAAAGUGCCUCAUCUCUUAUUCCUUUUCCUUUCUGGCGAGGAAAAAAGAAUAAAAGAAGAAAAGAAUUGGGAGAAGAAAAUAUUUGGCACCCCUUGUCCUGACAAAUAAUUGCUGAAGAUUUUAAGGGUGUGCAUGCCUCGCUUGUUUUCAAAUUAACCAUCUAGGUUUUCUGUCCUCAUCAUUUCUUGAUCUUCAAAUCCUCAAGUAAGCUUAGUUUAGCUCCUCCAGUCUUUGUACUCUAACAAGGCAAUACCAAUUUCAGAGUCACCUAUUUUAAAAUAUUUAUGGUGCCCCCAUUCUUUUUGAGCUCUAGAGCUGUAAGUUUUUUGAUGUCACAAAGAGGUGGUACCAGGCAUUUGAUUAGGAAUGCCAAGAAAAAUCAACAGUUGAGUAAAUUUGAUCAGGCCUGUCGGCUUACUACCAUUGCCGGCAUUGAGAUACCUUCAAUGCAAAAUUUAAUUGAUCCACAAAAGGACGAUGUUAAUUUUCCUUUAGGACGUUUACUGCAUAACCAUAUGGUUCAAAGGAGGAGAUUUCUUGGCUGUGGAGAUGGGGAAGAAGAGGGUGUUUUGUCAAAAGUUUACGAGGAAAGACGUGUCUUAGGGUAUUCUCCAGAACAAUUAUUUGAUGUGGUUGCAGCAGUUGACUUGUAUCAUGGAUUUGUCCCAUGGUGUCAGAGGUCUGAUAUAGUUAAACAUUAUCCUGAUGGAUCAUUUGAUGCGGAGCUGGAAAUUGGUUUUAAAUUUCUUGUUGAGAGUUAUGUUUCCCAUGUAGAACUAAACAGACCGAAGUCAGUAAAGACGACCGUAUCAGAAAGUACCCUUUUUGACCAUUUAAUAAACAUUUGGGAAUUUAAUCCUGGCCCAGUUCCUGGUACUUGCAGCCUCUACUUUCUGGUAGAUUUUAAGUUCCAGUCACCGCUUUACCGACAGGUUGCAUCAAUCUUCUUUAAGGAGGUUGUGUCUCGACUGGUUGGGUCAUUCAGUGAACGGUGCAGAUUGGUAUAUGGGCCAGGGAUCCAAGUCCUUGAAAACUCUAUUGAACAAAGGGCUUGAAGAAUUUUUUCAAUUAACCGAUACAAUGAUGAGUAGGAUGUGAAUGAUUUCGCCAAGCGCUCUCCCCCCUCCCCUCUCACCCGGCAGUUUUGUUUUUGUAAUCGCUGGCAGGCCCAUUGAUCUUUUCUUUUUUUUUUUUUUGGUAGUCAAUUGAAAUCCUGACAUUCCUUUUUCUGUUGUUUGUCAUAAUAUUUUGAUUAUUGCAGAUU